CAAUGUCAUUCAUAUCUAAUAUAAUCUGUGGUCAUUCAUUUGUCAUUGUCAUUGACGUUGUAAGUCAAUUUAAGACGCCUAAAAUCUCAAAAAAUAACGCGGUUAGAAAAGCGGCAAUCGGCAUUGCUUUUAAUUUUAAUAAAAUAGUUGUAAAUAUAUAAACUACGAAAAUGGCGGCGGCGAUGCCCAUCAACCCCAAGCCUUUCCUAAACAGCCUGACAGGAAAGGCAGUGCUAGUAAAACUAAAAUGGGGACACGAGUAUAAAGGGCUACUGGUUUCCGCUGACGGCUAUAUGAAUUUACAGCUCGCUAAUACAGAAGAAAUUGUUGAUGGCUCUUGUACAGGUAAUCUCGGAGAAGUCUUAAUUAGAUGCAACAAUGUCCUUUAUGUAAGAGGGGCUGAAGAAGAAGACGAAGAAGGAGAAAUGAAGGAAUAAAUUCAGUUUACAUUCCUUCAACUAAACCAAUGCUUAAUUGUUUAGGUUCAAUAAAAAAAGACAUACAAUAAUUAUAUAAUCUGUUGUAAAUAGACCAGCAACUGCAGAUUUACAAGUUGUCUUUUUCUACAGAAUUUCUUUGAUUGUUACUAAAAUACCUAAAUGAUUAAGACAUGGAUUGCUUUAUAGUAUAAAUUAAAAAUAAAUAGUUUAAAGUACUCUAAGGUUACAGAUAAGUUUCUAAAUACUUGAGAAUUUUCAGUGUGAUUUUUUCACUCUAAUAUAAGGUAAAAUAAA